CUGUCCUUUCUCUCUUUUCUUUCUCCCCCUUUUUUCUUUCUUUACUUUAUUCACCAUGUUCAGAACUGCAGCUACUCGUUCCAUCCAAUCAAUCACACGCUCUAUUCCUAAAAGAACCUUCACACAAUCCGUUAUAGCACGUAACGCUGCCGGCCUUCCUACUUCUCUUCAAGCUUUCACUGAAGAAGAACUUAUGCUCAAAGAUACGGUUGCUAGAUUCGCUCAAGAAGUAGUAAAGCCCAAGGUGUUGGAGAUGGAUGAAACUGAAAAGGUCGAUCCUACUGUAUUAAAGGGUCUCUUUGAACAAGGGCUUAUGGGUAUUGAAACUGAUGCAGAAUAUGACGGUGCCAACUGCUCUUUCAUGUCUGCUAUUAUCACUAUUGAAGAACUUGCCAAGGUCGAUCCUUCUAUCAGCGUUCUCUGUGAUGUUCAAAACACACUUGUUGGCACUCUUGUACGUAAAUAUGGUAAUGAGGACGUCAAAAAGAGAUUCCUUCCCAAGUUAGCUACAGACACAGUCGGUUGUUUCUGUUUAUCUGAAGCUGGCUCAGGUUCUGAUGCAUUUGCUCUUCAAACACGUGCAAUUGAAAAAGACGAUCACUAUGUCCUUAACGGUUCAAAGAUGUGGAUUACCAACUCUGGUGAAGCCGAUUUUUUCCUUGUGUUCGCCAACGUUGACCCUUCCAAGGGUUAUAAGGGUAUUACCUGUUUCAUUGUCACAAAGGAUAUGGGCGUUCAAAUUGCAAAGAAGGAAACUAAAUUAGGUAUUCGUGCUUCUUCCACCUGUGUGUUGAACUUUGACGACGUGGUUGUUCCCAAGGAAAAUAUUCUUGGUGAGGUCGGAAAGGGUUACAAGUAUGCUAUUGAAAUUUUGAAUGAAGGACGUAUUGGUAUUGCUGCUCAAAUGAUUGGUUUGGCUCAAGGCGCUUAUGAUAUUGCCUUACCUUAUCUCUUCCAAAGAAAGCAAUUCGGUCAAUUCAUUGGUGAUUUCCAAGCUAUGCAACAUCAAUAUGCACAAAUUGCCAUUGAAAUUGAAGCUGCUAGACUUUUAACUUAUAACGCUGCUCGCUUAAAGGAAGAAGGAAAGAGUUUUAUUAAGGAAGCUGCUAUGGCCAAAUUGUAUUCUUCUCAAGUGGCUGAACAUGCUGCUAGUAAAGCCAUCGAAUGGUGUGGUGGUGUUGGCUUCACACGCGAAUUGGGUGUUGAAAAGUUCUAUAGAGAUGCCAAGAUUGGUGCAAUCUAUGAAGGCACAAGUAACAUUCAGCUUCAGACAAUUGCCAAAUUGGUUUCUUCACAAUACAAAUAAAUAUAGACUUUGCUUUGAAAUAGAUAUGCUGCACCAAACUUUAUCCUUCAAUAGUCAAUAAUGAUAAUUGGGGCAAUGGGAGAGAGUUAGGACGAAUCGAGUGCCUUUGAUAAGACGAUGGGUCAGAGUCAUUGGGUAUGUGUACCUUAAAACCCAGUUCCUGGUAAUUAGCAUAAAUAAUGCUCCACAUGGUUGUUUU